CUUUUAUUUAAUGAUUUACAUUUUACAUGUUUCACGUCGUACCGGUUGAAAAAAAAUCAAUUCCAAAUUUUUGCACUUUUGUUGCAAUUCAUUUUGAUUUGUUCGUUUCAACAUUAGAAUUAGAAAAUAGAUAAAAUAGAUAAUACUAUAACUAAUAAUAACCGUCAACCAACACUUAACUUUAUAAUGGAUAACACAAAUGCAAGCGUGACUGAUAGCAAUAUGGAUUUUGAUGCUUCUCAACUGGCCAGUGUUAAAGAGAUAUUUAAGUCAUACAAUAAAUUAACAGAGUUAUGUUUUAUGGAUUGUGCAACAGAUUUUACAGUAGGCGAUCUUAAAAGUGAUGAAGUAAGGUGUGCUGAAAAUUGUACAAGCAAAUUUCUUAAAGCUUCUGAAAGAAUGACACAAAGAUUUCAAGAGUAUCAAUUAAUUAUGAAUGAACAUGUGAUUACUGCUCAACAAAAUGCCAAUGUAUAAAAUAUUACCAUUUACAUAGUACAUAAAGACUAUUUAAACAGUUUUAAGUUUUAGAAUCAUAAAUAUACUUUAAAUGUAAUGUUA